UCUACUCGUUAACCAAAGAUUCGAACAGGAGAAAUGUAACGAGCCCAACCCGAGCUGUUCCCGAACAACUAGUAAACGCCGCCAAUUCAAGAAAUUCUUCGUCUUGAUCUGUAAACUGACGCGAUCAUAAAACGCUAGACUCUCUCUUACUCGACAGCGGAAGAAGAAAAAAAGCUAGGUUUCAGAGUCUCUGGGGGAAGAAAUGUCGGUCCAGGAAUAUCUUGACAAACACUCGCUAGCUAGAAAGAUCGAAGAUGCUGUCAAUGCGGCAGUGAGAGCCAAGACCACGGAUCCCGUGCUAUUUAUUUCAAAUCAUAUGAAGAAGGCCGUUCCUUCUGCGAUCACAAAGAUCAAAGCGAGGCAGAUCUUGGAUAGUAGGGGUAUUCCGACCGUGGAGGUGGAUUUGUAUACGAACAAAGGAAUGUAUCGAGCUUCUGCUCCCAGUGGCACGUCUACUGGAAUGUAUGAGGCUAUUGAAGUUCGUGAUGGUGACAAGGGGAAGUAUCUUGGGAAGGGAGUCUCGAAGGCUGUUAAGAAUAUAAAUGAGAAGAUUUCUGAAGCUUUGAUUGGCAUGGACCCUUCCCUUCAAUCCCAAAUUGAUCAAGCUAUGAUGGAUUUGGACAAAACUCAAAAAAAGGCAGAAAUAGGAGCAAAUGCUAUGUUAGCUGUUUCGAUUGCUGCUUGCAAAGCGGGUGCUGCUGAAAAAGAGGUGCCACUGUACAAACACAUUGCUGAUCUUUCUGGAAAAGAUGACCCAGUCCUUCCUGUCCCUGCAAUUACUGUCAUUAGUGGCGGCAAUCAUGCAAUAAUUUGGCUGUUCAGGCAUGAAAUCAUGAUUAUGCCAGUCGGCGCAAAUAACUUUGAAGAAGCAAUUCAGAUGGGCUCUGAGACUUAUUUUCACCUUAAGUCAGUUAUUGCUGAAAGAUGUGGUUCUAGUGGAUGCAAUGUUGGUGACGAUGGAGGAUUCACUCCAAACAUUUCCAGCAUUUCUGAAGGGUUGGAUCUUAUUAAUGAGGCAAUUCACUGUGCCCGUGCUGGUUAUAAUGGGAGAAUUAAGUUGGCAAUAGAUAUUGGUGCUACGGAAUUUUGCAUAGGAAAGAAGUACGACUUAGACUUCAAAAUUCCAAAAAAAUCAGAGCAGAAGUUUAAAACUGGAGAAGAUAUGAUUGAGAUGUACAGCGAGCUCUGUGAAGCCUACCCUAUUGUGUCCAUUGAGCAACCAUUUGAUAAGGAUGACUGGGAGCACACAAAGCAACUUUCUAAUCUAAGAAUAUGCCAGGUUGUAGGGGAUGAUCUUUUGAUGUCAAAUCCUAAACGUAUAGAAAAGGCAAUCCAAGAAGGUACCUGCAACGCCCUUCUUCUCAAGGUAAAUCAGAUCGGAACCGUUACGGAAGUUAUCGAAGUUGUGAAGCAGGCAAAGGAUGCUCACUGGGGUGUAGUUGUUUCUCAUAGAAGUGGAGAGACGGAAGAUUCCUUUAUUGCAGAUUUGGCUGUUGGCCUUGCAACUGGUCAGAUAAAAGCUGGUGCACUUUGUCGUGGGGAGAGGCUUGCAAAGUACAACCAGCUGCUGAGAAUUGAGGAAGAGAUUGGAAGCCAAGCUGUAUAUGCUGGAGAGAAUUGGAGGCAGCUCUGAUCACUUCAUUUUAUCCUUCAUAUUUUUUUCGAAAUCAGAGCUCUUUUUUUGACAAUUCAUCUUUUAGAGUUCUGAGGGGAGUUGUGAACUCUCUUUUGUGUUUUAUUCUCUCUUUAAAUACUCUGGUCGAGCGAGCAAAGCUUGGAUAUGAUGGUCUGCGUCUGUAAGUUUGUCCAAUUUAUGUGGAUUUUUUU